AUGACGGUUUCCCUUGCGACAAGGCUUGUGACGCGACGAUCGCCACCGCUUCACUGGCGACGCGGGUUUGCUCGGGCGGCAGUGGACGCCGAAACGAACACCGUCGCCGCCCGGGAGCUACCUCCGUUCGAUUACUCCCCACUUCCGUAUGCGGGGCCCACCGCCGACGAGAUUCUGGCGAAGCGUAAAGAGUAUCUGAGUCCUUCCAUUUUGCAUUUGUACAAGAACCCCGUGAACAUUGUCGAAGGAAAGAGACAGUACCUGUUCGACGAAAAUGGGAGAAGAUACGUGGACGCGUUCGGAGGGAUUGCUACAGUGUGCUGCGGGCACUGUCACCCUGAUGUGGUGGAGGCCAUAGUGAACCAAACCACAAAGUUGCAGCACUCCACGGUUCUCUACCUUAACCACGCCAUCGCCGAUUUCGCUCAGGCUUUGGCUUCUAAGCUUCCCGGUAACCUCAAGGUGGUGUUUUUCACAAACUCUGGUUCAGAAGCAAACGAAUUGGCGAUGCUGAUAGCAAGGUUGUACACCGGGUGUCAUGACAUAAUAUCUCUGAGGAAUGCUUAUCACGGUAAUGCAGCUGGAACAAUGGGAGCCACAGCUCAAAGCAUCUGGAAAUUUAAUGUUGUACAGAGUGGUAUUCAUCAUGCACUAAAUCCAGACCCUUAUAGAGGCAUUUUUGGUUCUGAUGGAGAGAAGUAUGCUGGAGAUGUCCAAGAUAUCAUUAACUUCGGAACUUCUGGACAUGUUGCAGCCUUCAUGUCUGAAGCUAUACAGGGAGUGGGGGGUAUCGUUGAAUUGGCUCCUGGUUACUUGCCUGCUGUAUACAAUACCAUAAAAAAGGCAGGAGGACUUUUUAUUGCUGAUGAGGUUCAGGUUGGCUUCGGUCGCACUGGUAGCUAUUUCUGGGGAUUUGAGGCCCACAAUGUUGUUCCUGACAUAGUGACAAUGGCUAAGGGCAUUGGCAAUGGCAUUCCCCUUGGUGCUGUUGUAACAACUCCAGAGAUAGCAGAGGUCUUAACCCACCGAAAUUACUUUAACACCUUUGGUGGGAAUCCUGUUAGUACUGCUGCAGGGUUGGCUGUUUUAAAAGUAAUAGAGAAAGAGCAUCUUCAGCAAAAUGCGUUUGUGGUUGGAUCCUAUUUGAAAGAGAGGCUCACUGCUCUAAAGGAAAAAUAUGACUUAAUUGGUGAUGUGAGAGGAAGAGGCCUGAUGCUAGGAGUUGAACUUGUCACCGAUCGUGAGCUUAAAAUUCCAGCAAAAACAGAAACAUUGCAUGUGAUGGACCAAAUGAAAGAAUUAGGAGUACUUAUUGGUAAGGGUGGUUACUAUGGAAAUGUCUUCAGAAUUACACCCCCUUUGUGUUUCACCAAAGAAGAUGCAGACUUCGUAGCAGAUGCAAUGGACUUGACCUUGUCUAGAAUGUGA